ACUUUUUUGGCAAUUUCCUUUAAAGAAUACUUUUUGAUGGAGUGAGUAAAAUAAUGUCAGAGCAUCUAAAAUAUGUAGAAGAUCAUCGGGUGUAGGAGUUGCCACGAAUUUCAUAGCUCAAACGCUCCAAUAAGCUCAAUCCCUGCAGUGUUCACAUUUCUGAAAACUCCACACUCCCACAGACAGAGGGGGCGAGAGAGGCCAGAGAGGCGAGAGAGAGCGAUUGAGAAUGGGGAGGAAAAAGGGUGUGGUGUUCGAUGAGGGAGCUCCGGAUGACUUCGACCCGGAUAACCCAUAUAAGGACCCGGUUGCUAUGCUAGAGAUGAGGGAGCAUCUGGUGCGGGAGAAGUGGGUCGACAUCGAGAAGGCCAAGAUUCUCCGCGAGAAGGUGCGCUGGUGCUACCGGAUCGAGGGUGUCAACCACCUCCAGAAGUGCCGCCACCUCGUCCACCAGUACCUCGACGCCACUCGUGGCGUCGGCUGGGGAAAGGACCACCGCCCCCCAUCUCUCCAUGGUCCUAAGGCCGAGUCGCAAUGAAAUUGGCUAUUCUCUCAAUUGGUGUCAGGCAAAUGAGUCCAUUUGGUGUAUUUGGAUUAUAAACGGUACAAGUUUGGUUCUUGCGUCCCAUCAGCAUAACUUGUACUACGUAUUUUUAUUUUACUCCCUUUUCUACAACAAGACCUUUUUGUAUUAGACUCACUUCUGCAUACGCCAAUGGAUUAAUACUGGCUUCUUUCCUCAGUUACUUUGCUUUACUUUGCGAUUGAGGGAUAUGGAUUGGAACUUGAGAUGCAAAUAAAGGAAUAUUUUUGUCCCAUCUUCUAAAAAGCUGCUAAUGCUCAGCUUGUCGCUACUAUUUUGAUGGUUCCCAGACUGUCAAUUAGACCAUCAUGUUAAUCUGGAUUUUUUCGAAGGAAAUAUGUGUCACAAUAUAUUUUCACCAGACUGACGAGAGUUGUUUUUGUAAUUUUAAAAGACGUCAUGGAUGUCGAAAACCAAACAACUUCACAGAAAACAUCCUCACCAUGUGUAAGGUGAUAGUUCUUUAUUUAGAAAGCCCUGCUAAUCUGGUGGGUCUUUAUGUUUAAUUUUCCAAGGUAAUGAUUGGUGCCAAGUCCUUAGUUUGCUGCACAACUUACAAGUGUGUUACUGCACAUGCAUAAAACAUUAACAUACAGUGAAUGGGUGUGGUAAACUGAUAACUAGGAACUACAUUGCAUGUUCUCUCCUAUGGUAUUUUUGCUGGGAGCCUCUGUCAAGUA